UAUAUCAGCAGCACCUGAUGCAGAUCUGGUCUGCGACCAUCCUAUCGAUCAGCAUCCUAUUGAGUAACUCUUUGAAGCUUCGCGCUGCCACUGCCGGGCCAGUUCCUGAGGACGGUGAUGGUCAAUGGUCGCAAAUGUGUCCUAUGUGUUGUCAGGGACAAUCUGGAAUACCCGGCAUUCCUGGAUUACCAGGUCAGCUGGGAGGUCCAGGGGUCAAAGGUGAAAAGGGUGAGAUCGGGCCCAUUGGCACUGUGGGCGAGAGGGGAGCGCCUGGAAACCCUGGGUCCAAAGGGGACGAGGGUUUAGGUUUGCCGGGUAAGAUGGGACCUAUGGGUCCACCGGGAUUGGUUGGAUCAACUGGGGCACCUGGUGUCAAAGGUCACAAGGGUGGGAUGGGUCCUGUUGGCCCUAUCGGAGCGCAAGGACCACCUGGAAGCACUGGGCCUAAGGGAGAUGACGGGAUAGGCCUUCCCGGCGAGACAGGUCCGAGAGGUCCACCUGGUUCAGAAGGACGAGCAGGGGCGAUUGGUUCGAAAGGUCAGAAGGGGGAGCGUGGGGAUUCUGCGCACCGGGUAGCAUUCACCGUGACCAGGAUAUCCCCCUCGGCUAUCUCAAGCAACAGUGACACCCACUUACCCUUCGACCAGACAGAGACGCUUCUCCCAGGUACCGUCUUCGAUCUAGAGACUGGCACGUUCACAUGUACCGUUCCGGGUACUUACUUUUUCACGUUCUCUGUGCUAAGGCCUUCAAGGUUCAGAGAAUCUGUUCGGGUUCAUCUAAAAAAGAACGCAUACGGAGUCGUCUCUGGUGAAAGCCACGAAACCAUUGGCGGUGGCAAUCAGGUUUCUGCAAGCGCCGUGCUGCUCCUGCAGCAAGGCGACUCGGUGUAUUUAACAUAUCAUGGGCAGGCUUAUGGUUGGAGAACCACUCACUUCUCUUCUUUCAGUGGCUUCCUCCUUUACGCACAUUAAGUACACAUGACAAUGCAAAUUGCAAUGUGGUGUUUAUUCUUCAAUACAAUGAAUAUGUAAUUAUACUCUUCUGCUGAAUAGGCUAUGUAAAGUAAAAUAUGCAUAAUAACUUCAAGCUUUCUGGUUUAAGGAACAGUGCUUCUGCAGUGGCAUAAUUUACGGUGAAUAUUUGCAAAGAGCCGGUUCUUGUUAAAACGGCAAGAUCCGGUCCUUUUCGAGGACAAAGCACGUGAACUUGAUUAUGCUCAAUGUUAUUUUGUGAUUCUGCGUGCAGACAUGCUGGGCUUUUGGUACAUGUCGACAUGCAAAUGUAAUGCUCUAAAUGGUCCUCUGUUGUCGGCUUUUUUUUUCAAACUCCGCAAUUUCCCCAUUUAAGACAAAGCCCAAGACAUGGUGACUGCAUCUAUUCGCUCCGUUGAAAGCUCCACCUAGACUUUUCCCAGGCCAAAGCCAGACUGUCUGGCAGACCCCAACAUAAUGUGUGCGUACAAAAUAAAUACCGCUCAUUCAGAAAUACCAAAAGAAUUCUGCUUCCC